CUGAGAGUGUGUAGCAGACAGUUUUAAGGAAGAGUAAGACUACAUUUAACAGUCUAAAAAUGCCUGAACCUGCAAAAUCUGCUCCAGCUGCAAAGAAGGGGUCUAAGAAAGCCGUGACUAAGACUCAGAAGAAAGGAGACAAGAAGCGUAGAAAGACAAGGAAAGAAAGUUAUUCUAUCUACGUAUACAAAGUGUUGAAGCAAGUUCAUCCGGAUACUGGUAUCUCUUCUAAGGCUAUGGGUAUAAUGAAUUCUUUUGUAAAUGACAUCUUUGAGCGUAUCGCUGGGGAAGCGUCUCGCCUGGCGCAUUACAACAAGCGCUCGACUAUAACUUCCCGGGAGAUCCAGACCGCUGUGCGCCUGUUACUACCUGGCGAGCUGGCCAAACAUGCUGUGUCUGAGGGUACCAAGGCUGUUACCAAAUACACCAGCUCUAAGUAA